GUAAUAUUAUUAUUAUGUUAAGUAAUUGAAUACUAUAAAAUAAUACAUUUUGUGAGUUAUUUUUACUGAUAUAAACAUUAUGUGUCAUAUUCUACAGAUUACGUCAGGCUCGGAAUCAUCUGAUGAUGAUGCCCUUCUAUCUCAUAUGAUCACGCAAUCAUCAAAAUACGAUGUGGAAACCUUAAAGGCAGACAAUCGAACUUUAAAACUCGAAAAUCGAAAACUAAAAGAGGUUACAGAAGAUAUGAAAGAAAUCAAAAACAUCAUGAAAGACAUUCGGGAUUGCGUCAUGAAAAUUGAAAAAAGAAUAGAGAAGCUGGCAGGAAUAUCCGAUACUAAUAAGCAGGAAAAUGCGAAUGGCCCGAUUGACAACAUUCUAUUUGAUGGCACAUUAUCCAGUGUGUAUAUUGAUCCGCCACUACAGCCAGAAACUUGCAGUGCAAAUGGAGAAAAUGUAAUGGUGGUAAUACCAUUAGAUAAUACAGUGAAAACUGUAAAACCGAAUAAUAAUAAUCCCUGCCAGCCUCUCAUCAAAUCCGAAAUUAAUGUGAGUUAA